AUGGCAGAUCAGAUGAAUGAUGAAAGAUCAGAAGGUAAUGUUGAGCUGUACGAUGGGAAAUCAUUUGGUAAUUCAGAAUUGCAACAGCUUACAUCCGGAUACGGCAAUAAACAAAUUCAGGAAGCAAUAAAUCCAUGCAGUUUGAUGCUUGAAGAAAAUCUGUUGUAUCAUGACGAGCGUCAGAAUGUACCGGAAAAAAUAUCUAAUACUAAUACUAAAUGUUUCCAACUAGGUUUUCCGUUUACUGAUCUUUCAGAAACGACAGGCACACAUACAGAUUCAAUUUUGGGAAAUCAGAAUAUAUUUCAACAAGAAAAUAAUGAUUUCUACGCUCAACAAUCGUGUGUUACGUCAAACUGUAAAACAACUUCUGAAAAUGAAACUCAAGAACCGAUUCUAUUCGAAUUUGAAAAUUAUGCAAAUCAAAUUUUGGGACAGAAAUUGAUACAACCGUUUGUUGCGUCUAAUAACAGUGCAGCAGAAAUAAAAGAUAAAGUGGUUGAUGCUUUUAUUUCGGACGAUCAACAAGCAACAAUAAGUGAUGAUUAUAUGAGCAAUUCGAAACCGGUAGGACAAGAAAAACUUUGGACUCUAUGUGAUGACGAAGACUCAACCAAAAAUGAAUUGGAUGAUAACACAAAUAAGAAUUCGAAAAAUUCCGAACAUCAGCAGUUUGAGAAAUGUGAAGUAAUACCUACUGAGCAACAACAUUCAGUUAACGGAAAUGUUGUUCAGGAAGAUUUCACAUCAAAUACUAUUUUCAUCGGACUUCAAUAUAUUGAUGGAAAAUUACUUAACGUAAUUGGUGGUUUAAGUAAUCUUGCCAAUAAUUGUAAACAACGGUUCUAUCUUCCAAAAACAGGAUGCCAGAAACUGGAAGCAACAGAAAUUCUUGAUGGAAUUCUACAUCCAGUGCCAGAAAGUAAUGAGGAUCUUCAUGAAACUUCAUUUAUUGCGGAUUUUUGUGAAACGGAUCAUUUUGAAGAGCUCAUUGCAAAAGAAAUCCAUGCAGAAUCAGAAUAUUCUGUGUCAGGAAUUAUACCUGAGAUAAAAAAUAUUAAAGAAAAUGUAAUCCAUCAUAUUACAGAACAAAUUCCUUCAGUGCAAGACAAAUCUGAAAGAACAUUUCUCGGAGAUAACUGUUCCGAAAAUGAAGGAUUUGUUAUAGAACAAAGGCAAACUAAUUACAUAAAUGAACCAACGGAAUUGUUGAUAUCGGAAUGUGAUCCGGAAAAUGCAAGACAGGAAAUUUUGAGAGAAGUUGAACGAGGAAAGGAAUUUCUACCAUCUACUGCUGAGGAAAGAUCUGACAAUAUGAAAUCACUGCAAGUUGUGGAAAAUUUUGAUGAUGUAAACAAAAUUCAAAACGAACAUAAAGAAUCGGUUGAAUGUGAAAAACUUCAGGAACAGUUACUUUGUGAAACACAGCAAGAAAAGAUAGUAAAUUUUGAAAUUGAAGAGAAUAACGAAACUCAGAGUAAACUUCCGGAUAAGAGGGAAACGGAAGUUUGUGAAGCUAAUACUUUGGUUUAUGAAAGUGCGCGAGUGCCGGAAGAAGAGAGAAAGUCUGAUUUUGCAUCAAAUAUUUCGAAUAGUGAAUGUGAAAUAUAUGAUCAAGAAAGCAAUGAAAACAUUGUAGUAGAUAAUGCUAUAAUUAUAAAAAAGUCAACCGAAUCUCUUGGAUUCGAGAACAUGCGGGAAGAGAAAAACAGUGCUUCUCUGCAAGAUGAAUUGAAAAAUGUCAACAAAGAUGUCACACUACUUAAACCAACCAUAAAAGCAAUGCCAGCAACUGGCACUAAGAAGAAAGUGUCAACGACAGAUGCUAUGCCACCUACAUCAAAAGAUACAAAGAAAAUCAAUCGUAUAAUGAUUGACAGAAAAUCGGUGACAAAAUCAGCUGUCACUUUACCAGCAGUUUCUACUGCGAGAAAUAUAAAAUUGAAGGAAAAAAAUAAUGGCGAAGCUGAAUUAAAGCAUACAAAGAAAAUUAGAAAUAAUAGUAAUGCAAAGAUAUUAAAGCAAAAUAUUACGUCAAAGAUAACUCAGAAAAGACUUCACGAAAGUGUAAAUUUUGGAAAAAUACAGCUAAAUAACAAUGCUAAAGUGAAUAUGAAAAAUAAACCAAAAGAUAUUAUCAAAGAGUAUCAAAAAAUAACAAAGGGAAUGGGAAAUAAUGAAAAGGUAAAAAAGAUUGGAAUUAUUGAUUUAGAGCCAUUAGUUUGGACAGAAAUUUUAAUUCCUACAUAUGAGCAAAUUUGGGAAAAUUAUGAAUCGGUAAAUCAGAUCAUUGAUAAUAAAACUAAUAUAGGAUUUGAAGAAAAGACAGAAAUUGAAAUCGAAAACGAAUUAAAAACUGCUGAAAUGGUCGCAAAUGUGGAAAGUAAUAAUAAGCAAUCAAUGUGGCAAAUGAAGAAAAAUUCAGAAUUUAUCGAAAUUGAAGGUACGAAAUCACUAAUUUUGUCAGAGAGAAAUGAAAUCAAUGCCUCACAAUGUUUUGCUUUAUCAAAUAAGAAUGAGAAAGAAAUUUCUCGGAUUGAGGAUUUCUCGGAUUGUUUAAAAAUAAGCGAACAGAAUGAAAAUGUUGCUAUUGAAGAAGAAAUAGCAGUAAAGGACAGUAGUAGUAGCGAAAAGCAUGGAAUUGAAAUUUCUAGCUCAGUGGCAAUUAAAUCUUCCGAAGCAACCGAACUAUUAUUGAAAAUGAACUCACAAAUUCCGCUCGAACAAAAAACUUCCAAUACAAUGAUGGGACAAAGCACAGCAUUAAAACCGAAUCUAUCAGGAAUACAAAAUAAGAUAAAAGCUGAUGCUAAGGAUGGAACCGGUGAAAUGAUUACUGCCGGAAAAGAAGAAAUGAUACAGUCGGAGAAAGAACAACUGGAAGCAAAAGUUGCAAGAAAUGAUAGUAGUGAAGAAUCAAGCCGAAUUGGAAAGAAAGAGUUAGGAUUAGCAGGAUCAGGUUCUGAACGGCAGACACAACCGGAGCUAGAUAGAAGUAGACAUCAUGGUGAGAAAUCGCGUAGCAAAAAUUAUCAGUGGAAAGGUCAGUUUGGUGGAAUGUAUUCAGAUGUGCCGGAAGAAUAUAUGCAUAAUACUGCCGGAAAAAAUAAUCCACGUAAGCAACAGGAAAUUGAUGGGCAACAAAACUGUCCACAUCAGGCUUACGACAAUUUUUCUGAUAACAUCGAAUUAAAAGACAAUUAUCAGCAACAACAAAGUGGAAAUCAGAAUCAGUCACGAAAGCAGCAGCAGCAACAACCAGGUGACACCAAUAGUCAGAGCUAUUCCGGUCAACAAGGACACAGGAAACGGAGCAAACGAAACAAGAGACCACGUAAUUGGUGA